UCUCUGCGAGCUUAAGCUGUGGGAGCUCCAGGACAUUUUCAUUUUCUCUUUCCUGACUGAGACUUCACUCUGCUUGCAGUAAGUGGGGGCAGAAAAUGGACCAGUUAAAGCGUGUCCUGGACUUCUGCACCCGCUACCAGGCCACCCUGAAUUACAGCCUGGUGUCUCUGCUGACGGCUGUUUGCGAGUACAUCUUCUCUGCCGUGCUCUUCAAGUGUCCCUGCAACUCCGACAACACCCUGUAUGGCCUCAGCUUCCUCUUAGCGCCUGCCUUCAUCCUCUUUCUGCUCGGCUGUGUCUGGAACGCCAGAAUGUGGCGACUGGUGACAGGCUGCCACCAAGAGCAGGGUUGCAGCAGCUGCUGCUACCGCCACAUCCUGAUACCGGCACUGGGCAGAGCCUCGGUGGCUUCCCUCACCUGGAUCGCGGUGGCCCUGCUCGGAGCCAGCUUCUACGAGUGCGCAGCCAGCGGGAGCAACAGGAUAAAGAAACUCCUGUGUAACGGCACAGAAAAGAUGUGCCAAGCCCAGGUGCCUGAAAUACCUUGCAACAAGCCCCUAGCGGAGCAGAUGUACAAAAGAUCUCUCAACCUGCAGGCACAGUCUCAGCUGCUAGGAUUGUUCCUGAUCCUGGUCAUCGUGAUCGUGGGAGUGAUUUCAACAUGUGUCAGCCACUGCCGCUCCCCAGUUAGCUACAUGCAGCUUCAGUUCUGGAAAAUUUACUUGAAAAAGGAAAAGGAGCUCUUUGAGAUCAAGGCUAAGGAGCACGCAGGCACUCUGGCAGAAAGAAAUAUCAACUCCUUUUUUCAAACACCAGUUCAACCUGCUGCCCCAACAGCAUUUCAGACUCCCAGCAAUGAAGACUGGCAGAAGAUUUCCCUCCUGUACACCUUCAGUCCUCAAGAGCAGCAUUACAGCAUGGUGCACAAGUUUGUUGACACGGAUAGGGGCAGCACUACCAAAUUUAGGCAAGGAAAUAUGAAUCCCACUGUUUUAGGCUUUGUGGAUGAAGCAAGUCUGAGAAAAUCAGAGACUUAAUGAAACAAAUCCUCAGAAAUGCUGGCAAUCUUUUAACUCUACUGACACAAUAAGAGUUUUACUCUGUGCUUUUCAUGAUAUCCAUGUGGAUUGCAUGUAAAAGCUGAUAGUUGUAAGCCUCAGUAGAUUUGGGUUUGAAUACAUCUUAUUACCUUUUGUAGCAGUUCUGGGCAUCACCUGGCCACACGCACAAUGAAUUCACUCAGACUAGACUCAGCCAGCUGGAAGUUAAGGAAUGAAGCUUUAUAUUCACAGCUUAGCACAAUAUACAAGCAGAUAGUUACAAUAUAUUACAGAUAUUUCAAGCUAUAUACACUAGUAUACAAGUUAAAAGUAAUACAGAAAUGCAAGACCCCUCCUGGCAGCCAGAGUCCUCAGGAGGGGCUCUCAACCAUCCUUCCACCUUCUUUCCACCCCCUCCCUUAUCUAGAAUCUCACUUAUGUGCAAGGUGAGCUGGAAAGGUCAGCAAGGGGUGUUAGAAGCAGAAUGAUUAGUUGGGAAAUGUGCAGGGUCAGGCAGAAAAGUUAAUUGCAGCAGAAGCCAAGCAGAGACUGCCUUAUCGAUGUUUGCACCUGGGAUUUGAUGUGUCUAAGCAAAAAGCUAUGAGUGAAACAGGCAUCACCAUUGUUUUCUUUGUGCAGCCAAUAAUCUAAUUUCUCUCAUUAAAAUAUUCCAAUUAGCUUCAAAGCAGCACACUUUUGCUUAAGCACUUGUAAAUAAAUAAUUGCUUUCAAAUAAAUUUGCCACAAA